AUGUAUCAAAGACGGCCACCACAGAAGCGCACAAUAUACGAGGACUUCCUGACCCCAGAGGAGGCGCAGAAACGCUUGGCAGAGCAAGACGAGAACUUUGUCAAGGGUACAUUGCGCAUCAAUGUCCGAAACUAUGAAGAAUCCUAUAUUGAUGACCCUCGUGGCAGUGAUUACAACGAUAUUUUGAUCUAUGGGAUGCCGGACAGGAAUCGCGCUUUGCACGGAGAUCUUGUUCUAAUUCAACUUUUCCCACGUAGUGACUGGAUGGUAAUUGAUUAUCUUUAUCAGCACUGGAAGGCGGAAUGCAGGGCGAAUCCAAUUCCGGAAGCUGGCGAUGCAGUGGAGGAAAUUAAGCGUUCCAUUCAAGCAUUGGGCCUGCAGAAAACUAGCUCGGAAACGAAAGCAAAUGCCACUCCACAAAGCGAAACUUCUCUAGCCUGCCACGCAACGGAUGCCCGGAAAGGAACGACCAGCGAGAGAAGACUCUUGAGCGAUUACCCGGGCAGUGCUCUGAUCCCCGAACGUUGUCUACAAAAGCGGGGAAAGGUGGUGCACAUCUUGAAAUGGAAGCACACGCGGACUGCCAUGGGACAGCUACGCCCGAUGAAGGACUAUAACACGAAUUGGGCUCUCUUUGCUCCAACUGAUUCACGUAUUCCGAGGAUGAUGAUUCCCGCUGUACAACUGCCCGACGAUUUCUUCACGCGAACUCAUGACUACGGAAAAUACGUGUUUUUGGCAAAAAUCCACGAGUGGCCAUCGACUUCACAAAUGCCACACGGGGCUUUGCUACAGCAAAUUGGGUUGGCAGGUGACAUCGAAGUUGAGACUGAAGGGCUUCUUUUUUCGAAAGGAGUUGACACCAGAGAAUUCACGCCAGAAUCACUUUCAUCCCUGCCCAUACAAUCACAGGAGGAAUGGAAGAUUGAUGAGUUCGAGUUUCGCUAUCGAAUCGACUUACGUGAGGAGACGAUCUUUACAAUCGAUCCACUUACUGCCCGAGACCUCGACGACGCCCUUCAUAUCAAGGCCUGCUCCGAUAUCGAUGGCAAAGGCACGCCAGGCUGGGAGAUUGGUGUACACAUCGCCGAUGUUGCUCAUUUCCUGCUCGAAGGAACCGAGCUUGACGAAUGGGCCAAACAGCGCGCCACGUCCGUGUAUCUCGUGCAUCAGGUGGUGCCGAUGCUGCCACGUCUUCUCUGUGAACAAUUAUGCUCAUUGAACCCUGGGGUUGAUCGUCUGUGCUUUUCCGUAAUAUGGAAAGUGGAUAACGACGCCACGAUCGUUGAUGAACGUUUUGCUCGGACAGUGAUUCGAAGCCGCUGCAAAUUGGCCUACGAGCACGCGCAGGAUUUCUUGGAUAACCCCGAGAAAUUGUUUGAAACAAGUGAGCUGCCGGAGCUAUAUGAUGGUUGCACGCCUGCUGAUAUUGGCGCCAAGGUUCACAUGCUAUGGGACGUUGCACAGAAACUGCGUGCAAAGCGAGUUGAGAAAGGCGCGCUCCGUCUCGACCAGCCGAAGCUGAAGUUUGCCCUGGACCGCGAGACCAAGAUGCCAACUGCCGUCGGUGUCUACCAAAUUCGAGAUGCGAAUCGUUUGGUCGAGGAAUACAUGCUGUUGGCUAAUACGAGGGUCGCUAUGAAAAUCUCCUCAACUUACCCGAACUUUUCUGUGCUACGACGCCACCCUGAGCCAAAAGCCAAGGUGCUCGCAGAAACGUUGGCGCUCUGUCAAAAUAUCGGAUUCCCGAUUGACGGCAGCUCUUCGAAAAUUCUGUCGAAGGAACUUAGAAAAUUCGAAGGGAAAAGCGAGGUCCAAGGAGCGAUUAAUCAAGUCUUAUCGCUGCUCAUGAUGCGCCCAAUGCAGCUGGCACAGUAUUUUUGCACGGGAAAGGCGGCCUCGGAAGAACAUUACUAUCAUUACGCCCUGGCUACCGCCUUCUAUACUCACUUCACAUCUCCCAUUCGGCGCUACCCUGAUGUGUUGGUGCACCGAUUGCUCGCAGCGGCAUGCGGCUACACAAAGCCGCCAGAGGUCCAAGAUCCAUCGGUGCUUGCCGAGAUAUGCUCCCAUUGCAAUGACUGUAAAACGAACGCAAAAGCUGUGUCCGACGAGAGCGCCGACAUGUUCUUUGGUCUUUUUGUUCAUCAUGCCGGCUCGAUCGAAGUGAAGGGAGUUGUCAUCGCGGUCUUGGAUGCUGCUUUUGACGUACUCGUCUUCAAGUACGGCAUCGUGAAGCGCGUCUAUACCAAUCAACUUCCUCUACUCGGCAACCCGUUCUUCAAGAAAGGCAAUCCAGCUCGACUGACCCUGCAUUGGAAGAACGAUUCGGGCCCACCAAUCAACCAAGAACUCACAAUCUGCUCGAUCGUUGACGUCGUUCUCAUUCCGUUAGAGGACCAGCCCACUAAAUACAAGGCAUUGAUCAAGCGGUCUACCACCAAGGGAUCCCCUGAUUUGCAUAGUCUCUACAAAGGAGGAGUCGAAUUCCUGCAGAAGCCAGAGGAUCAGCCCGCAUCUGAACGGCCGGCGACCCCAAUCGUUGAUGAUCUCCUAGCUGAAUCGGUGUAUGCCGAAUACGAU